AUGGCGAAAGAAAAGUCCAUCAACCCAGCCCAAGCCCAGCGCAAAGCCGACAAAGCAAAGGCUAUCAAGAAAGGCAAAUCCGAAGUUCUCGCCCGCCGCAGCGAAAAGCUUGCCCGUCGCAACCCGGACCGCCUCCAAAAACAGCUCGAUGAUCUUAAAGCCAUUGAGAGUUCGGGAGGUAAACUCACGUCGCAUGAGAAGAGCGUCUUAGAAGGGCUAGAGAGGGACGUUAAGGCUGUGAGGAAAGCGAGAGAGGCAUUAGGGGAUAAGGCGCCCAAGUUCGGCUCGGGAACAUUUGACAGGAGAGAGGGAAGAGAUGGGCAGGGGGUGCUAGGGAAGAGGAGGAGAGGAGGAGAUUCAGAACCAGGCAGUAGUGACGAAGAUGUGCCAGAGGAUGUGAAAUCCAUUCCCAUGCCGAGGGACACGCCACCGCCGAUCCCGAAGGAGGUAUUGGAUAAGUGGUAUCAGAAACGAAGGGACCGGAUGGGACAGACUGGGAGGGGAUCCAAUGCCAAUGCAAUGCCCUUGGGUGACAAUGCCAGAAAUAUACCAGAGAGGUCUGUUGCUGCAAGUACGCUGCCGCCUGUGGAGGCCAAGACCGUGUACGAGGCGAAGCCUGUUGUGAGGGAUUUGAGGAAGGAAGCUGUGGCUUUUGUGCCGGCUGCUGUGAGGGCGAAGCUGGACAAGUCAAAGGGUGUGGGGGGUUUGGUUGAGCCCGAUGAGGCGGAUAGGUUAGAGAAGGAAGGAUAUAUGCCAACAGCAGGGUCUGGAGCAAGGAGUGGGAGUGUUGAGGAAGGGAGGCAGCAUGAGGGCAGCUUGGUACGGCCUACUUCACGAGUUGUUACGAUGGAAGAGGUGGAGGAUGAAGAGGGCUAG